AUGCCCUCACAAGCCACACCUACCAGCACCAACGCUGGAAUCGUCACAGACGAAAACAGCGGAGAGCGUCACAUCCCCGAAUCAGUUCGUGCCGAUGGGAGCACCCGGAAAGCCAUCAAAAUCCGCCCCGGAUACCGCCCUCCCGAGGACGUCGAAGUAUACAAGAACCGAACCGCAGAAGCUUUCCGCGAUCGAGGAAAAAGAAUAGGCAUUCCCGGAGCCGCGGGCGUAAAGGAGGAGAAACCAGAGCAGGCCUCUUCCGCCGCCAGCAAUAAGAACGCAAAGCGAAGAGAAGCCCGCAAGAAGGCCAAGGCUGGUACCGAAAACGAUGACACAACCACGACUGAACAAACCACGCAGACUCCCAAGGUGGAUGAGGUUGAUCCGGAGGUUGAGCGAGAAAAGAAGGCCCGUAAUCUUAAGAAGAAGCUAAAACAGGCCAAGGAGCUGAAGAAUAAGAAGGAGGGUGGAGAGGCACUACUCCCAGAGCAGAUAGCCAAGGUGAUUAAGAUAAACGAACUUAUUCGCGAGUUAGAUGCUCUUGGCUUUGAUUCGGAGGGUGAGCCGAAGUCGAAAUCGGAUGGGGAGUCCAAGGCGGUGGAAGGAACAAAGGAGUGA